UAGGAGGAUAUUGGUUAUGUGGUGAGAAACGUCUUGAAUUUUUAGUUUUUAGCCGUUUAGCUCUAUUCACCCCAUUCAUCGAGGACUCGCUCGGGAGCGCCUCUAGCGUGUGAAUAACCCAGACGAUAUUACAGAGUGGUAAUUCUCUCUACCAAUUCUCUGGUAGUACAACGAUCCGCUUUGUUUGAGGGCGUGUUUUCGUGAACGCGGGAAUUGGCGGGUGUUGACACUAGCAUUAAACGUUUCAAAGCUCUAUCUAGCUAGUGUUUGGGGUAACCGAAAUAUCCGCUAGUAACGUCUUAACGCGCAAUCUACCUGUCUAAUGCUAGCUAGCAUUUAUUGCACAGUGAGUGUAGCACUGUUUAAAUUGUUUUAACUGCUCCCCGCUAGUUUACAUCGCAGGUAAUCGCGGAGGAGAAGCUGUUUUCCCUGGUAAAACAUUUCCUCGCAUAUUUGACAUGGAAUCCUUUCAAAAAGUGGAAAAGAUAGGAGAAGGUACAUAUGGAGUGGUGUACAAAGCAAAGAACAAAAUUACUGGUGAAACCGUGGCCCUCAAAAAAAUAAGACUAGACACGGAGACUGAAGGUGUUCCAAGCACUGCCAUUCGAGAAAUAUCACUGCUGAAGGAGCUCAAUCACCCUAAUAUUGUCAAGCUGCUUGAUGUCAUCCACACAGAAAAUAAGCUUUACCUAGUGUUUGAGUUUCUCCAUCAAGACCUCAAGAAAUUUAUGGACUCCUCCUCAGUUACUGGCAUAUCACUUCCACUUGUCAAGAGCUACCUAUUCCAGCUGCUGCAGGGCUUGGCUUUUUGUCACUCUCAUCGGGUCCUGCAUAGGGACCUCAAACCUCAAAAUCUCCUCAUCAAUGCACAGGGAGAGAUAAAACUAGCAGACUUUGGAUUGGCUAGAGCAUUUGGUGUGCCAGUACGGACAUACACCCAUGAGGUGGUGACUUUGUGGUACAGAGCUCCUGAAAUUCUCCUAGGAUGCAAAUAUUAUUCCACAGCUGUUGAUAUCUGGAGUUUGGGCUGCAUUUUUGCUGAAAUGAUUACUCGAAGGGCAUUGUUUCCUGGAGAUUCUGAGAUUGAUCAGCUUUUCCGGAUUUUCCGGACCCUGGGUACCCCUGAUGAGACCGUCUGGCCAGGAGUCACCUCGAUGCCAGAUUACAAACCUUCUUUUCCAAAGUGGGCACUUCAGGACCUAUCCAAGGUAGUACCUCCGCUUGAUGACGAUGGGAGAGACCUUCUUGGGCAAAUGCUGAAGUAUGACCCCAACAAGAGAAUUUCAGCUAAAAAUGCCCUUGUUCAUCGAUUCUUCCGUGAUGUCACUAUGCCGAUGCCUCCAUUGCGACUGUGAGAUGUGGGCAGAAAAUAAAUGGACAGACAGAAGCUGCAGAGUCCCAGGACACACAAAUGUCCCUGAAAAUUUUUGUUCAGUAACCAAGGGAUAUCAUUUGCCAGUUUUACUGUCAAUGAACUGCUACCUUUUAUAAAAAGAGGGGCCAGUGAUGAGAGACUGGAGAAUGUUGUAUCUUGAUGACAGAAUUUUUCCAGCAUAAAUUAAUCUGCUCAGGGGUGUGGUUUGUGUAGUGCAGAUGAGACCCCUCUCCAACUCAUUCUGAGAAGUGACAUUCCACUUGUUGAACUGCAUGUUCUUUGACUGUUAACAAAAUGUCUCUUUACAAACAAUGCUAUUAUGCACCACCUUCAUUCAUAAAAUAUUUAUUUUGGAAUGCAAAAAAAACGUUCAAUUUUGAAGUUCCUGAAUAUUUUUAUAACUGAUCAUUUUAUGCCUAGUUUGGCAAUUUUUAUCAACAUUUGCUAAUUAUACAUAAAUUUGUUUAAGAAAAAGCAACUCUUGUCAGUGGUUGUUUUUAUCCA